AUGGAAUCUCUUGGCGAUGAGCCCUGGGACGUGGUGAUCUGCGGUACAGGUCUGCAGCAAUCACUUCUUGCACUAGCUCUAUCGAGAUCCGACAAGCGCAUUUUGCAUCUUGAUCCCAAUGACUACUACGGCCAACAUGAGGCUGCCCUGACUCUGCAGGAAGCGGACCGCUUCGCAAGUGCUCAUGCCGAAGCAAAGCCUAGUGGUGGAGUUUUCCGGAAUGCCACAACGUGGAAACAUCCCGAGGCUGAAGCCAACGGACUGGCCUUUCCUCGAGCAUACUCGCUUGCUCUGGCUCCGCAGAUCAUUCAUACCAAAUCCAAGUUGUUGUCGCAGCUGGUAUCGUCCAAGGCUUUUCGGCAGGUGGAAUUCUUAGCAGUUGGCUCUUUUUUCGUAUAUGAGCCAUCCAAGGAUGCCUCGCCCGCAAGACUCUCCCGCAUCCCCAGCAGCCGUGAAGAUGUGUUCGCAGAGUCGUCUAUUUCCGCCAAGUCUAAGCGAGCCCUGAUGAAGUUCUUAAAGUUUGUGAUGGACUACGACUCCGAUGAGCAAAAAGAAUCCUGGCAACCACAUGCCGAUUCGCCCCUUUCCGACUUCUUGACUAGCCAAUACAAGCUUGAUGAUACUCUACGCAACCACAUUCUCGCACUGACAUUGACAUUAGAUGGUAAGAUCACCGUCAAGGACGGACUAUCUACUCUCAGUCGCCACUUGACCUCUACGGGUCUCUUUGGGCCUGGUUUCUGUGCUGUCUACCCAAAGUGGGGAGGUCUUUCGGAAGUUGCCCAAGUUGCUUGUCGUGCCGGAGCUGUAGGUGGCGGUAUCUACAUGCUCGAAACUGGCAUGAAAAUUAGUACAGCCAAGGAGCAAGACAAAGUCACGCUUGAUCUUUCGAAUGAUAUCUCUGUCCAAGCCUGUUCGAUCUUCUCAUCUCCAGAUACUAAAUCUGACAGACAAGGCAUCAGCAGGCUCGUCGCUGUCGUCAAGUCACCCCUCAAACAUUUGUUCGAGGUGGUAGUAGAAGGUUCUCCAACGCCUGCUGUGGCCGUGGUCGCUUUCCCCACCACUGCAAUAAACUCUCCCGAGUCCGCGACCAACAACCCCGUUUAUGCUAUGGUGCACUCCAGCGAUACAGGCGAAUGCCCCCAUGGUCAAAGUACCAUAUAUCUCACAACACUGGCUUCCCCUACAUCCAAGGAUAUACUAGAAAAGGCCCUCGGACUUCUUCUUCACUCUUCGUCCGCUGAUGAACAAGCACCUGUUAGUCUAUACAAGCUCUACUACGAGCAGCAGGGCAGUGCUCAAGCAGCUUCAACGGAUACUAUCGGCUCAGUACCAAAAUUUUCGUUUCCGUCACUUCCUGUCGAUCUUGCUCUGGACGACACCAGCCUCGAUACGGUUCUGGAGGCUUGGAAGGUAGCCAUGGGGGACAAGGCACAAGAGGACGAGUAUAUGGUUUUCGAGGACCGAGAAGGCGCAGAUGCUCAGGAUGACGACAUAUACGAGUGA